CAGUUACUAUAGAAACGAAGCAUAGCCCGGGAGAGCUAGUUUGCUAACUGAAAACAGCGUUGGGGCAUGUAGAUUGUGUUAAUAUGUCAAAAAUGGAGGAUCGCUAUGCCUUUCUUACGGAGUGGUAUGACCCCACUGCAGCUCUCCUGCGGCGCUACCAACUGUUCUUCUAUCCCAAAGAUGGCUCAGUAGAAAUGUUUGAUGUAAAGAACCAGCGGAUAUUUUUGAGAAGGACCAAAUACGACAACCUUCACCAAGAGGACCUGUUUGUAGGGAAUCGUGUCAAUGUGUUCUCACGGCAGCUUAAUCUGAUUGAAUAUGGAGAUCAGUUCACAGCAAAUAAACUUGGCAGCAAAAAAGAAAGGACCCUCGCUCUGAUAAAACCAGACGUAGUUACAAAGAUCGGAGAUGUCCUUGAAUUGAUAUACUCCUCCAACCUCAUUGUGACCAAAGCCAAAAUGACAAAGCUUACAUGGAGCCAAGCAGCAGACUUUUAUGUGGAACACCAGUCAAAGCCUUUCUUCAGUAACCUGGUGCAGUUUGUGUCCUCGGGCCCUGUGGUUGCCAUGGAACUGAUGGGUGAUGAGGCCAUGUCUAUCUGGAGGAAGCUCCUGGGACCUGCAGACUCUGCUGUGGCGCGGAGGGAGGCACCGCAGUGUGUGCGUGCCCAGUUUGGAACAGAUGGCAUCAAAAAUGUUGGGCAUGGCUCUGACUCACUUGCUGCAGCAGCAAGAGAGCUCGAAUUUUUUUUCCCCUCUACAAUUGGGAUUGGCCCCUCUAAUACAGCCAUGUAUACAGACUGCACAUGUUGCAUCAUCAAACCUCAUGCCAUAUCAGCAGGCAUGACUGGGAAGAUCCUGAACUCCAUAUGUGCAGCUGGAUUUGAAAUCUCAGCUCUUCAGAUGUUCAACAUGGACCGGGCAAAUGCAGAAGAAUUCUUUGAAGUGUACAGAGGUGUUGUCACAGAAUAUCCUAGUAUGGUGACUGAGCUCUGUUCUGGACCCUGCAUGGUCCUAGAGAUCCAUGGCACAGACGCACCCAAGUCAUUCAGAGAAUUCUGUGGACCUGCUGAUCCGGAAAUUGCUCAGCACCUCCGUCCCUCAACCCUGCGUGCUCUUUAUGGUAAAGACAAAGUGAAAAACGCAGUUCACUGUACAGACCUCCCUGAAGACGGUGUCCUGGAGGUGCAGUAUUUCUUCAAGAUUUUGAACGGGUGAAUGCAAACGAGAAGACACAUUUAACCAAAUUCAAAGACUUCACAGUUGUUCCAUUUUUUUGUUUAUUGUUUCAGCCUUAUGCAGAUUAAAUAAAGUGACAAGAGCAGACUCCUGACAAGUGUUUUGAUCUUCAACAUUGAAUUAAGUAUGUUCACACCAACUAAACAUCUUAUUACACGGGAUACUGCAUUGCCUCUGAUAUUCUAACUUUUGACCAGCGACUUUGGUAUUGGAUUCAUACAUUACACUUUGAAAAAAAAUGUACAACUGCAUAAAUAUAAAAUUCUUCCACCAUGAAAAUGGCUAAAACAUUCAAUAGUAAGUUGCAUCACGUCAUGUGAUGUCUCCAGCAAAACAGAUUUCAAAGCACUGAGUUGCCACUGUUUCCAUGGAGGUGACAGACUUCUAGGCUGGACCCACAAAGCUCUACUCUACGAAUUAAGAAUGAACAGAUGUAAGAGUAUCAAACAGAAAUGUCAUCAAACCAUAUUCUACAGCUAAGGUGAACAACAAAGAAAAAGUGUACAAAUGUAUCCUUCCACAGUCAACUUGAACAUCUCGGUAAAGUAACAC